GAAUACUACAACACAGGGCUCCUAAACGAAUAGAGUGAUGUUUAUAGCUUUGGGGUAGUCCUCAUGGAACUCCUCUCAGGUCAAAAGGCAUUGUGCUUUGAAAGGCCACAGUACUCUAAACAUCUGGUCAGUUACUUAGCUUCUGCCAUAAAAGAGAAUAGGUUGCACGAGAUUAUUGAUGGGAAAAUGUUGACCGAGGAUAACAAGAUGGAGAUCAAGGAAGUUGCAAGAAUUGCUGUCGAGUGUACAAGACUGAUGGGAGAAGAAAGACCAAAGAUGAAGGAAGUAGCUGCAGAGCUUGAGGGCUUGAGAGUCACCAAAGACAAACAUAAGUGGUCGGAUCAGUACCCUGAGGAAACUGAACAAUUGGUCGGUGUUCAAAUCAUAUCAGCCCAAGGGGGUUGUACCACUGACUAUGAUAGCAUCACGAAUGUAGCAACGUUGCACAUUGAAGCUGGUCGCUGA